AUGCCCCACUCAAACAGCACUAAAAUCACCGAAUUCAUUUUACUGGGGCUCACAGAUCGCCCAGAACUCCAGCCUCUUCUCUUUGUCCUGUUUCUGUUUGUUUAUAUUGUUACAGUCUUAGGUAACAUGGGCAUGAUGGCUCUGAUUAGACUGGAUUCCCGCCUUCACAAGCCUAUGUACUUCUUCCUCAGUAACUUGGCAUUUGUGGAUCUGUGUUAUACCUCAACAGCCACCCCACAGAUGUUGACCAAUUUCUUAUCAGACAAGAAGACAAUUUCCUUCAUUGGCUGCUUUAUCCAGUGCUACCUUUUCAUUGCCCUUCUCCUUACAGAGUUUUAUAUGCUGGCAGCCAUGGCCUAUGACCUGUCCUAUGCCUUCAUUAUUGCUGCUAUCUUAAGGAUCAAAUCAGCUGAAGGAAGGCGCAAGGCAUUCUCUACUUGUGGUUCCCACAUGAUGGCUGUCACAUUGUUUUAUGGGACUCUCUUCUGCAUGUAUGUAAGACCACCUACAGACAAGACUGUUGAAGAAUCCAAAAUAAUAGCUGUCUUCUACACCUUUGUGAGUCCUCUGCUGAAUCCAUUGAUCUACAGUCUGAGGAAUAAAGAUGUAAAGCAGGCCUUGAAAACAAUACUCAGGCAAAAUGUUAUCAGGACAGUAUUGAUGCCUCCACCUUCCAACAAACUGCAACAAUAA